GGACAAGAACUUCUACCCGAUAUGUUCCUGUGGUUGAUGUACAACAACAGAAAGGUGGCUUUCUUUCGAGUACCUGCCAGAGAUAUAAUAUAUUCAUCUGUAGAAGAAGAAAAGGGACUUUGGUGUGGUUUGAAGAGGACCAUAUGUUUCACGGAGUACGACCAUCCCACUACCCUAGUAUGCAAGAUGGAAGUAUUGGUUAUACUUUUUCUGGACAAACACAAGGCAGAAGCGAUUGAACAAUUGCCAAAGGGAUUCAUUUUUAGUGCUGACCUGGACUCUUUGCCGCUUUAUUGCAUAGCACAAGAAAAGACGAAUUUCACAAUAAGGGCGCAUAUCUUCCAAGGUCGAAUUACAAGUGGCUUUGACAAGACAGGAUUGGCUGACCCAUUCGUAAGGAUUAUAGCUGGUGAUCAAUUUAGAGAUACAUAUGUAAGCCAUCCUAAUCUUAACCUAAACAGAUAAAAACCAG